GCCCCGACUCCCGCGUUAGGGAAGAGCGGCGGCGGCUGGUUCUCAGGCGCGGCGCUUUAUCGGUGGUUCUGGCUCCCGGCCGCGCCGCAGCCCCUGCUCAGUCUCUCUCACUCAGCUCGGCGGGCUCCUCCGCCCUGCACGUGAGCGCGCCCGCCAACAGGGCCACUGCCGCGGAUACUUUUCUGCUGUGAGAAUGUAAGAUGGAUCCAGAAGAGCAGGAGCUCUUAAAUGAUUACAGAUACAGAAGCUACUCUUCAGUGAUUGAAAAGGCUUUGAGAAAUUUUGAGUCCUCGAGUGAAUGGGCGGAUCUCAUAUCUUCACUUGGCAAACUCAACAAGGCUCUUCAGAGUAACCUGAGGUACUCCUUGUUGCCAAGACGGCUCCUCAUCAGUAAAAGAUUAGCUCAGUGUUUGCAUCCUGCCCUGCCCAGUGGUGUGCACUUAAAAGCCCUAGAAACCUAUGAGAUUAUCUUUAAAAUUGUGGGGACCAAAUGGCUGGCCAAGGACUUGUUUCUGUACAGCUGCGGGUUAUUUCCUCUCCUGGCACAUGCGGCGGUGUCGGUGAGGCCGGUGCUGCUCACCCUGUACGAGAAGUACUUCCUCCCACUGCAGAAGCUGCUCCUGCCCAGUCUGCAGGCGUUCAUCGUCGGCCUGCUGCCCGGCCUCGAAGAAGGCUCCGAGAUCUCCGACAGAACGGAUGCUCUGCUCCUGAGACUAUCGCUGGUGGUCGGCAAAGAGGUGUUUUACACCGCCCUCUGGGGGAGCGUCCUGGCCAGCCCGUCCAUCCGCCUCCCCGCCUCAGUCUUCGUGGUGAACCACAUCAGCAGGGAUGCCCCCGGCCAGGAGCAGAAGCACAUGCUGGGGACCGAUCACCAACUCACGGUGAAAUCUUUGUGUGCCUCCCUGUUGGACUCAAAUGUUCUUGUGCAAAGAAAUAAUCUGGAAAUCGUUCUGUUUUUCUUCCCAUUUUAUACCUGUCUGGAUUCCAAUGAGAGAGCCAUUCCCCUCCUCAGAUCUGACAUCGUGCGCAUUCUCUCAGCUGCCACCCAGACACUACUGAGAAGGGACAUGUCCCUGAACAGAAGACUGUAUGCAUGGUUACUAGGCUCAGACAUUAAAGGAAGUACCGUUGUGCCAGAAUCUGAAAUCUCAAAUUCUUAUGAAGAUCAGUCGUCUUAUUUUUUUGAAAAAUACUCCAAGGAUCUUUUAGUUGAGAGUCUGGCUGAAAUAUUGCAUCAGAAGUUCAUAGAUGCCGACGUGGAGGAACGCCAUCAUGCAUACCUGAAGCCUUUUCGCGUCCUCAUCAGUCUGCUUGACAAGCCAGAGAUAGGGCCUCAGGUGGUUGGGAAUUUGUUUCUGGAAGUCAUCAGGGCCUUUUAUUCUUACUGCAGAGAUGCCCUUGGUUCUGAUCUUAAACUUAGCUACACCCAGAGUGGAAAUUCGCUGAUAAGUGCAAUCAAAGAAAACAGAAAUGCCUCUGAGAUUGUCAAAACGGUAAAUUUGCUGAUCACUUCUCUAAGCACAGACUUUCUCUGGGAUUAUAUGACAAGGUGUUUUGAGGAAUGCUUUAGACCAGUGAAGCAGCAUUACAGUGUGAGGAACAGCGUCAGCCCUCCCCCGACGGUGUCGGAGCUCUGCACCCUCUUGGUCUUCCUGCUGGAUGUCAUUCCCUUGGAACUGUACUCUGAGGUGCAAACCCAGUAUCUCCCUCAGGUGCUCGGCUGCCUGGUGCAGCCUCUUGCUGAGGACAUGGAGGCCUUAAGUUUACCUGAACUCACGCAUGCCUUGAAGACGUGUUUCAAGGUGCUCAGCAAAGUCCAGAUGCCGCCUUCCUACCUCGACACAGAGUCCACCAGCGGAACCUCGAGUCCAGUAAAAGGUGAAAACAACAAAAUAAUUUUGGAAACAAAGGCAGUGAUUCCCGGUGAGGAAGAUGCUUCGUUUCCCCCUCUGAAGUCUGAGGACAGUGGGAUCGGGCUCAGUGCCUCGUCACCGGAGCUCUCUGAGCACUUGAGGGUUCCUCGCGUUUCUCUGGAAAGGGACGACGUUUGGAAGAAGGGCGGGAGCAUGCAGAGGACGUUUCUUUGCAUCCAAGAGCUAAUUGCCAACUUUGCCAGCAAGAACAUUUUUGGAGUACAGCUGACAGCGUCAGGAGAAGAAAGCAAGUCCGAGGAACCUGCAGGGAAGAGAGACCGGGGUGGGACGCAGAGCCUGGCGACUGAGGAUUGCAGCAGGAAGAACUCGUGGGAGCCCAAGCCCAUCACGGUGCCUCAGUUCAAGCAGAUGCUUUCGGACUUGUUCAUGGCGCGAGGGUCUCCGUUCAAGACAAAAAAUUCGGAGUCACCGUCGUCUUCGCCCAGCAGCCCCGCCAGAAAAAGCGGGAGAGAAUGGGAUGUUGAACAGGUGGUCAUUGACCUGAGGGGUUCCAGGGAGGAAUGCAGGGAGGCCUUUGCCGCCGCCUGCCACCUGCUGCUGGACUGUGCCACCUUCCCUGUCUACCUGUCCGAGGAAGAGACCGAGCAGCUCUGUGCAACGCUCUUCCAGCUGCCAGGAGCCGGUGAUUCCAGUUUUCCAUCUUGGCUGAAAUCCCUUAUGACCAUUUGCUGCUGUGUGACUGACUGCUACCUCCAGAACGUGGCCAUUUCCACUCUGCUGGAAGUGAUAAACCAUUCCCAGUCCCUGGCUCUUGUCAUUGAAGACAAGAUGAAACGCUACAAGAGCUCUGGACACAACCCUUUUUUUGGCAAGCUGCAGAUGGUGACGGUUCCUCCCAUUGCUCCAGGGAUUUUAAAAGUCAUUGCAGAGAAAACAGAUUUCUAUCAGAGGGUGGCUCGUGUGCUUUGGAAUCAGCUGAACAAAGAGACCCGGGAGCAUCACGUCACCUGUGUAGAAUUGUUCUACCGGCUGCACUGCCUGGCCCCGACGGCCAACAUCUGCGAGGACAUCAUUUGCCACGCCCUCCUGGACCCUGACAAGGGAACAAGGCUGGAAGCUCUGUUUAGAUUUUCCGUGAUCUGGCAUCUGACAAGAGAGAUCCAAGGCAGUCGAGUAACAUCUCACAAUCGCUCCUUUGACAGGUCCUUGUUUGUCGUGCUGGACAGCCUGGCCUGCACGGAUGGCGCCAUCAGCGCAGCAGCCCAGGGCUGGCUGGUGCGUGCGCUCUCCCUUGGGGAUGUGGCUCGCAUCCUCGAACCCGUGCUCCUGCUCCUGCUGCAGCCAAAAACCCAGAGAACCUCCAUCCACUGCCUCAAGCAGGAGAACUCGGCCGAUGACUGGCACCGUUGGUUUAACAGGAAAAAAACCUCUUUCAGAGAAGCAUCUGCAGGGCCCGAGCCUCAGGAGAGCGGCUCUGAAGAGCACCUGCCUCUGAGCCAGUUCACCACGGUGGACCGUGAAGCCAUUUGGGCCGAAGUGGAGAAGGAGCCCGAGAAGUACCCGCCACGAGGCGAGCUGAGCGAGGAAGAGCUGCCCUACUACGUGGAGCUUCCGGACAGGACGGCCCACGGCGCCCCAGACAGCAGCGAGCACACCGAGUCCGCAGACACGAGCUCCGGCCACACGGACAGCGAGAACACAUCCUCCUUCUCCUCCCCUUCCCACGACCCGCAGGAGCUGAGCAAUGAAGAGAACUGCUGUGCGCCCAUCCCCAUGGGAGGCAGGGCAUACCCCAAGCGCUCGGCCCUGCUGGCGGCCUUCCAGUCAGAAAGCUUCAAGGCUGGGGCCAAGUUAAGCCUGGUGCGAGUGGACUCGGACAAGACGCAGGCUUCUGAAUCGUUCUCCAGCGAUGAGGAGGCCGACUUGGAGCUCCAGGCCCUCACUACGUCCAGGCUGCUGAAGCAGCAGCGGGAAAGGCAGGAGGCCGUCGAGGCCUUGUUCAAGCACAUCCUGCUCUACCUGCAGCCCUACGACUCUCGGCGGGUCCUCUAUGCCUUCUCGGUGCUGGAGGCUGUGCUCAAAACCAACCCUAAGGAGUUCAUCGAGGCCGUGUCCAGGACUAGCAUGGACACCAGCUCCACCGCGCACCUCAACCUCAUCUCCAACCUCCUGGCUCGCCACCAGGAGGCCCUUAUUGGCCAGAGUUUCUACGGAAAGCUCCAGACCCAGGCCCCCAACGUGUGCCCCCACUCUCUGCUCCUGGAGCUGCUCACCUACCUCUGCCUGAGCUUCCUGCGCUCCUACUACCCCUGCUAUUUGAAGGUGACGCACCGAGACAUCCUCGGCAACCGGGACGUGCAGGUCAAAAGUGUCGAGGUUUUGAUCAGGAUCAUGAUGCAGCUGGUCUCGGUGGCCAAGUCUUCGGAAGGGAAGAACGUGGAAUUCAUCCACAGCUUGCUGCAGAGGUGCAAAGUUCAGGAGUUCGUCCUGCUCUCCCUGUCGGCGUCCAUGUACACGAGCCAGAAGCGCUACGGGCUGGCCACCGCCCACCACGGCAGGGCCCUGCCGGAGGACAGCCUCUUUGAGGAGAGUCUCAUCAACUUGGGUCAGGACCAGAUCUGGAGUGAGCACCCACUGCAGAUUGAGCUGCUGAAGCUGCUGCAGGUGCUGAUUGUCUUGGAGCACCACCUAGGCCGGGCCCACGAGGAGGGGGAAAACCAGCCGGACCUGUCCCGGGAGUGGCAGAGAGCCCUGAACUUCCAGCAGGCCAUCAGCGCCCUGCAGUACGUGCAGCCGCACCCCCUCACCUCCCAGGGGCUGCUGGUCUCUGCGGUGGUGAGGGGUCUGCAGCCCGCCUACGGCUACGGCAUGCAUCCCGCCUGGGUGAGCUUGGUCACGCAUUCCUUGCCCUACUUCGGAAAGUCCCUGGGCUGGACAGUGACACCCUUUGUUGUCCAGAUUUGCAAAAACUUGGAUGACUUGGUCAAGCAGUAUGAAAGCGAAUCUGUGAAGCUCUCUGUCAGCACAACCUCCAAGAGGGAAAAUAUUUCUCCAGAUUAUCCACUCACCCUUUUAGAAGGUCUGACGACUAUUAGUCAUUUUUGUCUUUUGGAACAAGCCAACCAAAACAAAAAGACCAUGGCCACAGGUGAUCCUGCCAACUUGAGGAAUGCCAGAAAUGCCAUCUUGGAAGAGCUGCCUCGAACUGUUAACACCAUGGCCCUUCUCUGGAAUGUUCUCAGAAAGGAGGAGACUCAAAAGAGACCUGUCGAUCUCCUAGGGGCCACAAAGGGAUCCUCUUCCGUUUACUUUAAAACCACCAAAACCAUAAGACAGAAAAUUUUAGACUUCUUAAACCCCUUGACGGCCCAUCUUGGGGUUCAGUUGACAGCAGCUGUUGCGGCAGUGUGGAGCAGAAAGAAAGCCCAGCGUCACAGUAAGAUGAAGAUUAUCCCAGCGGCGAGUGCAUCCCAGCUGACCCUUGUCGACUUGGUGUGUGCACUCAGCACCCUGCAGACUGACACGUUGCUGCACCUGGUGAAGGAGGUGGUGAAGAGGCCACCCCAAGUCAAAGGGGGUGACGAGAAAUCGCCCCUAGUGGACAUUCCUGUGUUGCAAUUUUGCUAUGCUUUUCUCCAAAGGCUUCCAGUACCAGCCUUGCAAGAGAACUUUUCUUCACUGUUGGGAGUAUUGAAGGAGUCUGUACAGUUGAAUCUAGCCCCACCUGGGUAUUUUCUGCUUCUCAGCAUGCUGAAUGACUUUGUAACAAGAACUCCCAACCUGGAAAACAAGAAGGAUCUAAAAGACCUGCAGGUUUGUAUACGAAAGAGGUUCAGCCAAAUGAUAUUACCCCAGCAGUGCUGUCCUCCUUUGGGGAUAUCAGAUAAUGCUGCUGCAACUUCAGCAAUGGUGUCUUCAUCCGCCCCUUCCGUGUACAGCGUGCAAGCCCUCUCUCUCCUGGCAGAGGUACUGGCUUCCCUCCUGGACAUGGUUUAUCGAAGUGACGAGAAGGAGAAAGCUGUGCCGUUAAUCUCCCGUCUGCUUUACUAUGUUUUUCCAUACUUACGCAACCACAGUGCCUACAAUGCUCCCAGCUUCCGGGCUGGCGCUCAGCUGCUGAGCUCCCUGAGUGGCUAUGCCUACACCAAACGAGCCUGGCGGAAGGAGGUCCUGGAACUGUUUCUCGACCCUGCUUUCUUUCAGAUGGAUACUUCUUGUGUUCAUUGGAAGUCCAUUAUUGACCAUCUUUUGACUCAUGAGAAAACAAUGUUUAAGGAUUUAAUGAACAUGCAGAGCAGUUCUUUGAAACUAUUCUCAAGUUUUGAACAGAAAGCCAUGCUGUUAAAACGCCAGGCUUUUGCUGUCUUCAGUGGAGAACUUGAUCAAUACCACCUUUACCUUCCACUGAUACAAGAACGCCUGACAGACAAUCUCAGAGUCGGACAGACAUCCACAGUUGCUGCUCAGAUGUUUCUUUUUUUCAGAGUUUUGCUGCUAAGAAUAUCUCCUCAGCAUUUGACUUCAUUGUGGCCAAUAAUGGUCUCUGAAUUGAUUCAGACAUUCACACAGCUUGAAGAAGAUCUAAAAGACGAAGAUGAGUCAUUGAGAAGCAACAACAAAGUAAACAGAACGAAAGGUUCAGUCCUGGAUGCAAAUGGACACUCAGUGGGGGAGAUACCCCAGAGUGAACUCAUCUUGUAUUUAUCAGCUUGCAAAUUCUUGGACACAGCGCUUUCUUUUCCACCUGACAAGAUGCCAUUAUUUCAAAUUUAUAGGUGGGCAUUUCUUCCAGAAGUGGGCACAGCAGGAGGACCCUUGCCUUCUGUGCGGGAUAUAGAGGAAAUCGACCAAGGAAUGCGAACCCACACUGGUCAAAAUGUCUAG